AUGAGGGAACUUUUACAGGGUCCAGCAGUACUGUGGCAGCCAUAUGUGGUGAAGCUCUACCUGAAGCUGUUGCAAGAAGCUUCAAAUCUUGAUACCCUUGAGGCUUCUGCUGGAGCAAUCCAGAACUUGGCAGCCUGCCAGUUUAAUCCUAGCGCUGAAGUUCGUGCCGCGGUUCGAGUUGAGAAAGGCCUGCCGGUACUUGUCGAACUGAUCCGGCUCAAGGAAGAUUAUGUGGUCUGUGCGGUUGCUACUGCCUUGCGGAAUCUGUCGCUGGAUCCAAGGAAUCGCGAGUUGAUAGGGACAGAUAAUGCGUCUACGAGAUUUUGA